GGCCCCGGUCCCCCCGCGCCUCCCGGUGCCGGAGGCCCGGCGUCACCCGGCCCCGCCUCCGCCCCGCCCCGGCCCGCCCGCACCGCGCGGGGGUGGCGGGGAGGGGCCGGCCGGAGCGCCCCGAGCCAGGAAGCCGCCAACCGCGCUCACCUGCCCUGGCCGCCCGCCCGCUCGCAGGGUCGGGGGGGCUGAGGCGCCGAGCGGCGAGGACGCAGGGCCUGUGGCUGACACCCGGUGUUACCCGGGAGGAGCUGGCGACGUGGCCUGGUCGGGGCCGCGGCCAGAGUUGAGCCUAUGGCUGCCAGUUACGGAGUGAUGGGGGAUGACAGCUCCAUGGAUUACACAGUGCACGAGGCCUGGAAUGAAGCCACCAAUGUCUACUUGAUAGUGAUCCUUGUCAGCUUUGGGCUCUUCAUGUAUGCCAAGAGGAAUAAAAGAAGAAUAAUGAGGAUAUUUAGCGUGCCUCCCACAGAAGCAGCUUCGUCAGAGCCCAACUUCUAUGACACAAUCAGCAAAAUUCGUUUAAGACAACAACUGGAGAUGUAUUCCAUUUGUAUGUUCCCAGGCUACAGCAUUGGAACACGGGCGUCUCUGAAGCCAUUGUUCUCAGGGGCAGGUGUGAUAGAUCUGCACAUUUCAUGAAUCCCAGCCUAGUGCAUAUCUUGGGACAUAGCUUGCCUGGCAAAAUCUGGUGGUUGGAGAGAGAAUUCCAAACUAAAUUCCUUUUGUGGGUCCCAGAGUUGCAAGGUUAAUGCUACAGAAGCCUAGAUCCACCCUGAGCAGCAUCAACCAUGAGUAUCCCUUUCUUGGUGAGUGAAAUUUUAGAAGAAGUUGAAGUUUUAAACCUAAGCAGUGGAUACCAUUCACAUGGACCUUCAGUCGUGCAAUAUUUUCUUUUUUUUCCUUCCAGUUUCAGGUUAAGAUGGCUUUGCAUCAAUAGACAUUUCUUAAAAGUACAAAUAAAAGACAGGAUGCCACACUUGUUUUUCCUACUGGUUUAUAUUGUUGGCAUUUAUGUUCAACAGUAAAUCUGCUAGGGUGGACAAAAACAUUGUUAUGGUGGAAAGU